AUGUUUUCUUUGGCGGUGAACGGCCACCCCGUGGGUGCCCAUCUCCUUGCCGCGGAUACAGCUGAAUGGGAUAUUGAGGGAGCUCGUCCUCCCGUGCAACCUGCAGAGAUUGGCCAGGCCUCCAUCAACUACCUCUUGCAAUUGUUGCGCAAGAGCUCAUCCCGGCAGGAGGAUGUGGAUGCAGCAUUGACGGCCGCUGGUUCCACACAGACAAAGGGCGAAAGCACAGCGCUCCCUGCGUCCCCCACUGUGGAUGCCCUGCACAUCAGCGGAGACUCUGCAGGGGGUGCAGACCAGCAGGGGGAUCACUCACAGCACCCCCAAGCUGACCCCAACCCCCUGAGCAGCUAUCCUCGCUGCAAGCACCUGAUAGAGGUCUAUCGCGCCCUGCCGGGGGCUCAAAACAAAAGUCCUCUCGCGGUUCUGCACGAGUAUGCCACCCGCCUCAGCCUCGAGGCGCGCAGUGCUUUGACAUACUCUGAGAGGGCAGAGAGCAACCUGGGUCCGUUCACUGUGGAGGCCAAGCUGCUAUCUGUGGAUCGGGCUACUCUCUACUCCAGUGGCACCGGGAAGGGGCGGGGUAAGAAGGAAGCGAAACAGGCAGCUGCAGCGGCAGUGCUUGAGACGCUGCUGGCCAACGUGCCACUGGAGGACUUCCUGCACCGUCCCACAAAGCAGCAGCAGAAGAGGGCGCAAGCGACGGUGAGGAUUGCAACGGGUGCAAGGGACUCGCUGCAGGCGCAGAUUGGGGCCCGGCAGGAUGUUCUGCUGGGGUCGCCUCAGCCGCAGCAGCCGGGCGACUCCUUCACGGCCAUGCCCCAGGCGGUGCCCACCCCCGGCUUGCUGGGGUCGCCCCCCGGCGCCUACAGCUUCCACAGCCAGCCCUCGCUCACCUUCCCAGAGGUGGGGGGCCCUGACGGCACCUCGCCCACCUGGUUUGGCAACGUGCACAGGUGCCCGGACGGCCUGUUCUAUGAUGCCCCCUACGCCUACCCGGGCGCGCAUGUGGCCCCCCAGCCGCAGGGCCCCUUGUUGCAGGUCCCCCCCGGCUACCAACUGGCUGCUGCAAAUGCGGCCGCCAUGUACAAGCGCAGCCACGAUGCCAUGACGGAGCCCCCACAAGGCCACACCAACGGCGCAGGAUGA